AUGCUUUCAAAAUUUCGACCAAAAUUGGUCAUUUUAUUAAUUUUUAUAUUAUUUUUGGUGAUUAAAUGUGAAGGAUCCGGUCCUGGUUAUUAUAGUGAAAUUGAACUGGGAGGUUAUCCUGGUGAAAUAGAAGAAGAAGAAGAAGUAGAAGAAGAAGAAAUAGAAGAAGCUCCUAUAUAUGGGAGCACGAUUACAGGUGGCCAAAAAAGUCCUUUUAAGGGUGCGGUCUCUUGGCUCUGUUGGGUAACGAGAAUGAACGUGGUUGUAAAGCAGGGAUCGCACUGA